AUGGAGUCCAAGGCGAGCAAACAGGCCAACGGACAGCCGUCAGCAGCCAGUUUCUCCGCCACGCUCCCCGCCAUGCAGCUGCAGAUGGCGCAUCCGGCGGUAGUCGCGGUUGCUGCCAUGGAGGACGAAAAAAAACGCAAGAAGUCUGUACCAAAGAUUCAACACCCAGAGGAGACCGCGGAAGGCGAAGCCGAGCCCAAAAGCGGUGGUUUCAUGGGGAUGCUAAGAAGGGGCAGUAGUUUUCUUGUAAGUUUGACACGUCUCUUCAGUCUCUCUCCCUGUCCCUCCCAAGACGUGGUCGAUGUCAACUGA